AUGGGCGCUCCCGAUGAUUCCUCUUCCUUUAACAAGCUAUUUCAUGGAUCCACUUUGGAAGAGUUCCAAACAACCGAGCAACGAAUUCUUCUUGACACCAUCAGUCACGUGCGAAAAUGUGGUCUCGACAGCAUCCUAUCCCUACCUCAGAUCGUCGUCUGUGGAGAUCAAUCUGCUGGGAAGAGCUCCGUGCUGGAAGCCCUGACUGAGAUUCCUUUCCCCAGAAACGACAACCUUUGCACUAGGUUUGCCACUGAAAUCAGUCUCCGCCGCGAGGCCGUCGACAAGAUCACUGUCAAGAUUGUUCCAGACAGCAGUCGCCCUGAGCAUGAAAAACAAAAUAUCAAAGCCUUUUCACAAUCUAUCACUACCUUUGCUGAUUUGCCCAUUGUCAUUGAUGCGGCCAUGACGGUAAUGGGGAUUUCAAGAUCUGAUGACGCAUCAUCUACCAGCGCCUUUGCCAAAGAUACGCUCAGCAUUGAUAUUGAUGGCCCGAACCGUCCUCAGCUAACCCUGGUUGAUAUCCCAGGCCUGAUUCAAACCUCUACCAAGGGUGUUUCAGAUAACGACGUUGAGAUAGUGAAAGAGAUCACUGACUAUUACAUCUCCCAACCUCGUACCAUUUGCCUAGCGGUUGUUUCGGCUACGAAUGACGCGGCCAAUCAAGGAAUCCUUCAACAAGUUCGCAAGUUUGACCCCCUUGGCGAGCGAACACUUGGUGUGAUCACAAAGCCGGACAAACUCGAAGCCGGGUCUGGCUCCGAGAAGAAGUUCCUUGAGCUCGCCCGCAACGAGGACGUUUUUUUCCAGCUCGGUUGGCACGUCAUCAAAAAUCGAAAGUUUGACGAACGAAACUUCUCAUUUGAGGAGCGCAACGUGUCAGAGGCGAAAUUCUUUCGCACCUCAAACUUCAGAACUCUGUCACAGGAAACGUGUGGUAUUGACGCGUUGCGCAUACGACUCAGCCAUCUACUCUACGAUCAUGUGAAAAACGAGCUUCCACGCCUAAUGGGAGAUCUCGAAGUGGCCCUAGAAUCAUCGGUAAAUGAACUUGAGCCUCUCGGGGAUUCGCGAUCCACUGCUUUGGAUUGCCGCACAUACCUGACGCAGCUAAGCAUGGACUGCCAUGAAAUCUGCAAAGCAGCUUUGAAUGGACACUAUGAGCACGAAUUUUUCAGAUCAGGCGGGGAAAAUGCGUUCAAUCUAAAGAACAAAAGCACCGUCGCUCGACUCCGUGCAGCCGUCCAGCACUGCAACAACCAAUUUUCAGAGGAUAUUUGGACGAGAGGACAUAAGUAUCAAAUUCCUGCAGUUGUGCACACCGAAUCGGUUUCGGAAAUCACCGUGGAAGGCGACAUAGCUGCACAAGCCAAGAUUGUUACCCCAGUACCAAAGAAGCUUUCGAAAACCAAGGCAACGGAAUGGGUGAAACGACUUAUACAGCGCUCGCGAGGAACUGAGUUAUUCGGGAGCUUCAAUCCAAAUGUGAUAUCUGAGCUUUUUUGGGAGCAAUCCCAGCCAUGGGCCAAGUUCGCCGAGUCCCACAUCGACCUGGUUAGCUACCUUUGCGAGCAGUUUUAUGAUGCCCUCCUCAAGAAGAGGGGAGCAAAGGAUGUUUCUUCUCGAAUAUGGUCUUUCCAAGUCAAGGACCGCCUUCAACAGCGCAAAGUGAAAGCUCGAGAGGAGCUGUGGAAAUUGAUCGAGGACUUGAAAGGCUUUCCUAUCAACUACAACCACUACUAUACGGACAACCUCCACAGGACCCGUGAAGACAAGCUACGAACGCAGCUUAAUGCUAUCAAUCCUGCCCUACUUGAACACCGCUCCAGCAUGAACUGCAGCCGAGGCGCACAUUACGACAAGUUUGAUUUAGAGCUCGUUCUUGGGACUCUAUCCAAAGCCACCAGCGAGGCUAAUAUCGAUAUGGAGAAGGUUAGCUGUGAAGAGGCCCUGGACUGUUUGCGCGCGAUUUACAAGGUUCAGCUGAAGGUUUUUGUUGCCAAUGUCACGAAUCAGGUGAUCGAGCGGCACAUGCUUCGCGGUCUUGAACACGUCUUCUCCCCUUUAGUCGUGGCAACUAUGAACGACACCGAAGUCAAGUCCGUUGCCCUCGAGAGUUCUGCAAUCCAUCACCAGCGCAAGGUUUUGUUAGACCGCAUAUCCAAGCUUGAAGAGAGCCGCGGCAUCUUUCGAAAUGCGGUGGGAAUGUUAUAGAUUGCCUUACAACGAAAAAAGCCCAGAACGCGGGGCUGGACAAAUUCGCGCUUUAUAAAAAUGGCGCAGUCCAAUAUGACUGGGCUGCAAUGCCCUAUCAGGUGA